AGCCUUAGUGGAUUGACAAAUUUAUAGAUUUUUUCAAUUUUUUUCAUUAUUUUUUACCUUUUUUUCAUUUAAAGCAUUGUUUGAGUGAAAAGGAACGUAUUGCAACAAAUUCCGAAUUAAAAUAAAACAAAUUUUUAAAUUUUGCUAAAUUUCUCAAAAAAAUGGCAAGGGGUACCCCUUAUGAAAUUUUCGAGUGGAAAAUUUUUUUAAAAUUUUUUUCUGAUGUUUAAUUCUUUUUUUAAUUUAAAGCAAUAUUUGAGUGAAAAGGAACUUAUUGCAACAAAUUCGCAAUAAAAUAUAUCACAUUUAAAAAUUUUACUGAAUUGCAGAAAAAUGAGGAACAUUUUACAUUUUCUCAAACAGGGUAAGGAACUUGGUUCCUCGCAUAACUUCUGGCACAGACAUCUGAGGGCAUGGCCGUCCAAGAAGAAAAUGUAGCCAUUGGUGCCAUCUAUCGACCACAGGCAAAGAUUUGAUAUCCGUUAGAUACCGACCGAGUUAUAGGCAAAAUUUGGUGCAAAAAUGAGGAACAUUUUACAUUUUCUCAAACAGGGUAAGGAACUUGGUUUCUCGCAUAGCUUCUGGCACAGACAUCUGAGGGCAUGGCCGUCCAAGAAGAAAAUGUAGCCAUUGGUGCCAUCUAUCGACCACAGGCAAAGAUUGGCGAUCCGUUGGAUACCGACCGAGUUAUAGGCAAAAUUUGGUGCAAAAAUGAGGAAAAUUUUACAUUUUCUCAAACAGGGUAAGGAACUUGGUUCCUUGCAUAGCUUCUGGCACAAACAUCUGAGGGCAUGGCCGUCCACGAAGAAAAUGUAGCCAUUGGUGCCAUCUAUCGACCACAGGUUAAAGAUUGGCGAUCCGUUAGAUACCGACCGAGUUAUAGGCAAAACUUGGUGCGAAAAUAAGCCUUAGUGGAUUGACAAAUUUAUAGAUUUUUUCAAUUUUUUUCAUUAUUUUUUACCUUUUUUAAUAUAAAGCAUUGUUUGAGUGAAAAGGAACUAAUUGCAACAAUUUCGCAUUAAAAUAAAACAAAUUUUUAAAUUUUGCUAAAUUUCUCAAAAAAAUGGCAAGGGGUACCCCUUAUGAAAUUUUCGAGUGGAAAAUUUUUUUGAAAUUUUUUCUGAUUUUUUAUUCUUUUUUUAAUUUAAAGCAAUAUUUGAGUGAAAAGGAACUUAUUGCAACAAAUUCGCAAUAAAAUAUAUCACAUUUAAAAAUUUUGCUGAAUUGCAGAAAAAUGAGGAACAUUUUACAUUUUCUCAAACAGGGUAAGGAACUUGGUUUCUCGCAUAGCUUCUGGCACAGACAUCUGAGGGCAUGGCCGUCCAAGAAGAAAAUGUAGCCAUUGAUGCCAUCUAUCGACCACAGGCAAAGAUUGGAGAUCCGUUGGAUACCGACCGAGUUAUAGGCAAAACUUGGUGCAAAAAUGAGGAAAAUUUUACAUUUUCUCAAAAAGGUAAGGAACUUGGUUCCUCGCAUAACUUCUGGCACAGACAUCUGAGGGCAUGGCCGUCCAAGAAGAAAAUGUAGCCAUUGGUGCCAUCUAUCGACCACAGGCAAAGAUUGGCGAUCCGUUGGAUACCGACCGAGUUAUAGGCAAAAUUUGGUGCAAAAAUGAGGAAAAUUUUACAUUUUCUCAAACAGGGUAAGGAACUUGGUUCCUUGCAUAGCUUCUGGCACAAACAUCUGAGGGCAUGGCCGUCCACGAAGAAAAUGUAGCCAUUGGUGCCAUCUAUCGACCACAGGUUAAAGAUUGGCGAUCCGUUAGAUACCGACCGAGUUAUAGGCAAAACUUGGUGCGAAAAUAAGCCUUAGUGGAUUGACAAAUUUAUAGAUUUUUUCAAUUUUUUUCAUUAUUUUUUACCUUUUUUAAUAUAAAGCAUUGUUUGAGUGAAAAGGAACUAAUUGCAACAAUUUCGCAUUAAAAUAAAACAAAUUUUUAAAUUUUGCUAAAUUUCUCAAAAAAAUGGCAAGGGGUACCCCUUAUGAAAUUUUCGAGUGGAAAAUUUUUUUGAAAUUUUUUCUGAUUUUUUAUUCUUUUUUUAAUUUAAAGCAAUAUUUGAGUGAAAAGGAACUUAUUGCAACAAAUUUGCAAUAAAAUAUAUCACAUUUAAAAAUUUUGCUGAAUUGCAGAAAAAUGAGGAACAUUUUACAUUUUCUCAAACAGGGUAAGGAACUUGGUUUCUCGCAUAGCUUCUGGCACAGACAUCUGAGGGCAUGGCCGUCCAAGAAGAAAAUGUAGCCAUUGAUGCCAUCUAUCGACCACAGGCAAAGAUUGGAGAUCCGUUGGAUACCGACCGAGUUAUAGGCAAAAUUUGGUGCAAAAAUGAGGAACAUUUUACAUUUUCUCAAACAGGGUAAGGAACUUGGUUCCUCGCAUAACUUCUGGCAUAGACAUCUGGGGGCAUGGCCGUCCAAGAAGAAAAUGUAGCCAUUGAUGCCAUCUAUCGACCACAGGCAAAGAUUGGAUAUCCGUUAGAUACCGACCGAGUUAUAGGCAAAAUUUGGUGCGAAAAUGAGGAAAAUUUGACAUUUUCUCAAACAGGGUAAGGAACUUGGUUCCUUGCAUAGCUUCUGGCACAAACAUCUGAGGGCAUGGCCGUCCACGAAGAAAAUGUAGCCAUUGGUGCCAUCUAUCGACCACAGGUUGAAGAUUGGCGAUCCGUUGGAUACCGACCGAGUUAUAGGCAAAACUUGGUGCGAAAAUGAGCCUUAGUGGAUUGACAAAUUUAUAGAUUUUUUCAAUUUUUUUCAUUAUUUUUUACCUUUUUUUCAUUUAAAGCAUUGUUUGAGUGAAAAGGAACGUAUUGCAACAAUUUCGCAUUAAAAUAAAACAAAUUUUUAAAUUUUGCUAAAUUUCUCAAAAAAAUGGCAAGGGGUACCCCUUAUAAAAUUUUCGAGUGGAAAUUUUUUUUGAAAUUUUUUUCUGAUUUUUUAUUCUUUUUUUAAUUUAAAGCAAUAUUUGAGUGAAAAGAAACUUAUUGCAACAAAUUCGCAAUAAAAUAUAUCACAUUUAAAAAUUUUGCUGAAUUGCAGAAAAAUGAGGAACAUUUUACAUUUUCUCAAACAGGGUAAGGAACUUGGUUCCUCGCAUAGCUUCUGGCACAAACAUCUGAGGGCAUGGCCGUCCAAGAAGAAAAUGUGGCCAUUGAUGCCAUUUAUCGACCACAGGCAAAGAUUGGAGAUCCGUUGGAUACCGACCGAGUUAUAGGCAAAACUUGGUGCAAAAAUGAGGAAAAUUUUACAUUUUCUCAAACAGGGUAAGGAACUUGGUUCCUCGCAUAACUUCUGGCACAGACAUCUGAGGGCAUGGCCGUCCAUGAAGAAAUUGUAGCCAUUGGUGCCAUCUAUCGACCACAGGUUAAAGAUUGGCGAUCCGUUGGAUACCGACCGAGUUAUAGGCAAAACUUGGUGCGAAAAUGAGCCUUAGUGGAUUGACAAAUUUAUAGAUUUUUUCAAUUUUUUUCAUUAUUUUUUACCUUUUUUUCAUUUAAAGCAUUGUUUGAGUGAAAAGGAACUAAUUGCAACAAUUUCGCAUUAAAAUAAAACAAAUUUUUAAAUUUUGCUAAAUUUCUCAAAAAAAAUGGCAAGGGGUACCCCUUAUGAAAUUUUCGAGUGGAAAAUUUUUUUAAAAUUUUUUUCUGAUUUUUUAUUCUUUUUUUAAUUUAAAGCAAAUUUUUGAGUGAAAAGAAACAUAUUGGAACAAAUUCGCAAUAAAAUAUAUCACAUUUAAAAAUUUUGCUGAAUUGCAGAAAAAUGAGGAACAUUUUACAUUUUCUCAAACAGGGUAAGGAACUUGGUUCCUCGCAUAGCUUCUGGCACAGACAUCUGAGGGCAUGGCCGUCCAAGAAGAAAAUGUAGCCAUUGAUGCCAUCUAUCGACCACAGGCAAAGAUUGGAGAUCCGUUGGAUACCGACCGAGUUAUAGGCAAAACUUGGUGCAAAAAUGAGGAAAAUUUUACAUUUUCUCAAACAGGGUAAGGAACUUGGUUCCUCGAAUAACUUCUGGCACAGACAUCUGAGGGCAUGGCCGUCCAAGAAGAAAAUGUAGCCAUUGAUGCCAUCUAUCGACCACAGGCAAAGAUUGGCGAUCCGUUGGAUACCGACCGAGUUAUAGGCAAAAUUUGGAGCGAAAAUGAGAAACAUUUUACAUUUUCUCAAACAGGGUAAGGAACUUGGUUCCUCGCAUAACUCCUGGCACAGACAUCUGAGGGCAUGGCCGUCCGAGAAGAAAAUGUAGCCAUUGAUGCCAUCUAUCGACCACAGGCAAAGAUUGGCGAUCCGUUGGAUACCGACCGAGUUAUAGGCAAAACUUGGUGCGAAAAUGAGCCUUAGUGGAUUGACAAAUUAAUAGAUUUUUUCAAUUUUUUUCAUUAUUUUUUACCUUUUUUUCAUUUAAAGCAUUGUUUGAGUGAAAAGGAACGUAUUGCAACAAUUUCGCAUUAAAAUAAAACAAAUUUUUAAAUUUUGCUAAACUUCUCAAAAAAAUGGCAAGGGGUACCCCUUAUGAAAUUUUCGAGUGGAAAAUUUUUUUGAAAUUUUUUUCUGAUUUUUUAUUCUUUUUUUAAUUUAAAGCAAUAUUUGAGUGAAAAGAAACUUAUUGCAACAAAUUCGCAAUAAAAUAUAUCACAUUUAAAAAUUUUGCUGAAUUGCAGAAAAAUGAGGAACAUUUUACAUUUUCUCAAACAGGGUAAGGAACUUGGUUCCUCGCAUAGCUUCUGGCACAAACAUCUGAGGGCAUGGCCGUCCACGAAGAAAAUGUAGCCAUUGGUGCCAUCUAUCGACCACAGGCAAAGAUUGGAGAUCCGUUGGAUACCGACCGAGUUAUAGGCAAAACUUGGUGCAAAAAUGAGGAAAAUUUUACAUUUUCUCAAACAGGGUAAGGAACUUGGUUCCUCGCAUAACUUCUGGCACAGACAUCUGAGGGCAUGGCCGUCCAUGAAGAAAUUGUAGCCAUUGGUGCCAUCUAUCGACCACAGGUUAAAGAUUGGCGAUCCGUUAGAUACCGACCGAGUUAUAGACAAAACUUGGUGCGAAAAUGAGCCUUAGUGGAUUGACAAAUUUAUAGAUUUUUUCAAUUUUUUUCAUUAUUUUUUACCUUUUUUUCAUUUAAAGCAUUGUUUGAGUGAAAAGGAACUAAUUGCAACAAUUUCGCAUUAAAAUAAAACAAAUUUUUAAAUUUUGCUAAAUUUCUCAAAAAAAUGGCAAGGGGUACCCCUUAUGAAAUUUUCGAGUGGAAAUUUCUUUUGAAAUUUUUUUCUGAUUUUUUAUUCUUUUUUUAAUUUAAAGCAAUAUUUGAGUGAAAAGAAACUUAUUGGAACAAAUUCGCAAUAAAAUAUAUUACAUUUAAAAAUUUUGCUGAAUUGCAGAAAAAUGAGGAACAUUUUACAUUUUCUCAAACAGGGUAAGGAACUUGGUUCCUCGCAUAGCUUCUGGCACAGACAUCUGAGGGCAUGGCCGUCCAAGAAGAAAAUGUAGCCAUUGGUGCCAUCUAUCGACCACAGGUUAAGGAUUGGCAAUGCGUUGGAUACCGACCGAGUUAUAGCUAAAACUAGGCGCAAAAAUGAGCCUUAUGAAAUUUUCUAAUUUUUCUAAUUUUUUAAUUUUUUACAAUUUUUUAUUCUUUUUUUUUUGUUUAAAACAUUAUUUGAGUGAAAAGAAACCUUUUUAAAUAAAAUAAAUCAAUUUCAUUUUUUUUGCAAAAUUUCUCAAAAAAAACGUAAGGGGUAAGCCUUAUGAAAUUUUCGAGUAGAAAUUUCUUUUGAAUUUUUUUCUGAUUUUUUAUUCUUUUUUUAAUUUAAAGCAAUAUUUGAGUGAAAAGAAACUUAUUGCAACAAAUUCGCAUUAAAAUAUAUCACAUUUAAAGAUUUUGGUGAAUUGCAGAAAAAUGAGGAACAUUUUACAUUUUCUCAAACAGGGUAAGGAACUUGGUUCCUCGAAUAACUUCUGGCAUAGACAUCUGAGGGCAUGGCCGUCCAAGAAGAAAUUGUAGCCAUUGGUGCCAUCUAUCGACCACAGGUUAAAGAUUGGCGAUCCGUUGGAAACCGACCGAGUUAUAGGUAAAACUUGGUGCAAAAAUGAGGAAAAUUUUACAUUUUCUCAAACAGGGUAAGGAACUUGGUUCCUCGAAUAACUUCUGGCAUAGACAUCUGAGGACAUGGCCGUCCGAGAAGAAAAUGUAGCCAUUGGUGCCAUCUAUCGACCACAGGUUAAGGAUUGGCGAUCCGUUGGAUACCGACCGAGUUAUAGCUAAAACUUGGCGCAAAAAUGAGCCUUAUGAAAUUUUCUAAUUUUUCUAAUUUUUUAAUCUAUAUUUGUAAUAUUCUUUUGUCGCGGUGUUAGUGUGCAAACUCCUCUUAAACGGCUGCACCGAUUUGUAUGAAAUUUUCGUUGAACGUUCGUUAGGUAUGAGAAUAGGUUUAGCGCUUCUUUUCAUUUCGCUAUUUGGCCUUUGGUCAAUAUUAUGAGUUCUUUUCUGUUUUUCCUACGGGAGUUAUCAAGUAGGCAUAGCCAUCAUUUCAACACGAACAAUGUUGAACACUGCUGAAACAAUCAAGCUCUAACGAAUAAAUCAAUCAAAGUAGAAGUGUCUUCUGUACGACGAUUUAUUUGUGCAACUUUUUCAUUAAAGCGUAAACUGAGUGAUAAAUAAAUAAAAAGGAUCCGACUCGCGAGGUCUUUGAAUCAGGCCCGCGAAGGAAGAACGAGAACAUGGAAUAUUAUCUCGCUUGGGUGAUUUUUAGCCUGAAAAAUUGAGGAAUCAUUUUUAUAUGUUGUUUGUGUACUGUUUUAUACUUCAGUAACAGACACUUGAAUGCCUCUUGAAGUCCACACAACUGUUGAAUUUUGUUUCCUUCCAACUUCUUCCUCUCUACCGACUUUUUCAAUCUAGGCCCCCAAGAUAAUUUUUAUUUGCAAACCCGAACCCAGCCAAAAUGAGUUUUACAUCACUGCUCUAGUAGAAGGUCUAAAAAAUAUUUUCCAGAUGGUACGUAGUUCAGCAAUCUUUUUAUAUCCUUAAUGUCUCUAUUGCCGAUAUACAUGUAUAAUGAGCAAAUCAAAUAUCUAUCAAUUACACAUAAAUCGAAUUUCAAACACUGCUCCACUUAAAGCAGGGAGCUCACUUAACACUUAAAAGCACAUUACAUAAAGCAAGACCCAGAAACGCAAGAUCGCAAGUGUAUAAUAGCCUCAAUGAACCUCUCUUCAAUGCGGUAAUAUUUGCUACCAUGCAUUUGCUCAUUUUCCACUAGAAUACCACUCUAUGCCAGCGUUGUUGAAACAAGUGAUUGCUCGGCUCUUUUCGCAAAGUUCUCCCGUUUAAAGAAGCAAAUCUUCUGCUACGGAUAGGAUGGCUGUGCAUUUCCAUUUACCUUCAGACGGUGCAUGUAGCUGAACCAUCUCCACCGGCAUCAUCUCUCCAUUUGCUGAAGCAAAACUAUGCAAUUAAGGCACUCCAUUCGAGUAUUUCAUCAUCGCUUGCACGUACACCGAUGGGAAGCGAUUUCGACAGAUUGAUUGGCUUAUUUCAUCCGCUCGUUACAAGCUUCCUUAUGCCACCGGCAAACAUCUUAGUGUUUGGAAAUGGAAAUCAAUUCAACGGUAUUCGCUCUGUAUGCGUCUGACAGCACUCAAUCAGCAUGCACAUCAAUGACAUACGCUUGAAGAAAGCUCGGUACGGUACGGUGAUUACAUACUGUUUGUACCAGCUACAAAAAGAUUCUUUUCCCUGCUCGUCCGUGUCAAUUCGUGCUCUGCUUCCUAUCCACUGUGUGGUUGUACUGUUCAUCAAAAGCACCGUACGGGAAUUGAAUUAAAUAAACACAAAAUACGAAAUUACGGCCACUCCACCGGCCUAAUUAUGGCAAUCAUUCCAGCAUGACGAACAGGAGCUCCCGUUUGCGGAAGCUUUCGUGGUACAGAAACAGUGUGAAGAAACUGUCUUCCUGUUAUCACACACCCCCGGUAGUAGUUAGGGCUGGAAUGCAAGCAAUAAUAAGCUAUGUAAUUAGCUGUGUCUUGUGAGGUUUGAUUACCGACCCUCGGAAGCAGCCCCGAUGAAAGUAACAACAUUACCAUUCGGUGGUCUGUCAUUAGUCAGUUUACUUCCGGGCCGCCACACGCCUUCUUCCGAGGAGGAGGAGGCGGCCCUGUGUUGGCAUUGAUGCGUUCUUAAUGGGACGGAAAUUUUGCAAGGCACCCGGCAAAGCUGUAAUAAAUGUUAAUGCAAUCACACGACGAGCAGCAUCGUGCGAUGGUGCUGUUAGGGGCCCUUAACGUUGCGGUGAUGAGGACCUGCCAUUGAUUCGCAUGAGCAUAUCGCAUUGUUUUUCUUUUCUUACUUUUCCAUUCACCACUGGAGAGAACAUUUUUUAGCGUGGGGUAGAAUUGUAUUGUUUUUGGGGGCAAAAUGCUUACGCUGCUUAUCGUUGUACUGUGCUUAAUUUGUAGUUUCAAGAGCUAAUUGUUUGGUUUGGAAAAAUGUGCCCAAUAAUCAAUUUUAGCAAUUCAGUGAGUUAUAUUUGUUUUUCCUUUAAAAAAAAUGGCCUGACUCGCCAAAUUCAAAAUCAAUGUAAUGUUAAGAAGAAAUUGGCUCAAAACAACAUUUUAUAAUUUCUUUUAAAUUUUUCUUUUGUGUUAUUCAGUCAUCUAGCACUUAUUCUCUCGUAUGGUAAAGCUCACUUUGGAAUUAAAUUGGCUUUACUUCAUCAAUAGAUGAUGGUCAUAUAAAUCUGAUAUCUCUAAUGUUUAAUGUUUCAUGGUACUAUCCAAAGAAAUGUGUUUUGAUAUUUAAUAUUUUUAAUUAAAUUUGAAUUCACAAUUACAAAAAAAACACUUAAGUGAAAUAUGAAAUACACUUCACAUCAAAUAUUUAAAGCGUAUUUCUGAAACAAAAAACAUCCAAAAACAUUAAUUAAAAUUUGCAACUCUCGCUUCAAGUGAAAACUUUUCGCCUUCAAAGUAAAAACCAAAAAAGGAAAAAUUCUCCUUCCACGGGUUGGAAAAACGAAAAACCAUGUCCGUGCACUUAUCGUACCUCGGUAAUUAUGCUUAUGCAUCGCGCAAGCCUUGACAACCAUGACGAGCACUGCCAUCGGAAAUGUGCCAAUCCAAAAGUCAUUCUAAGGCAAAAACAUGGCUUCUCAAGCAACGACAGCAAAACAUUCUAGUGGAAAGUAAAAAAAAAACAACAACAAGCGUGUUGUUAAGCGUCAGCGUGGAAAUGGGAAAGGUGUAGGGAAAGUUAUUUAUCCGACAUCUUCCUCUUUUGGGGGAAACCGACCGGUAUCCCGUGCUGGGAUGUGAGAUUAGGCAAAGAGGCAAAUUUAAACUUCAUUACGACAUGAUAUUUGCAUUUUCUUUCCCAAUCUUCAAGCAGCUGAAAUGGUGGCUCUACUGGGGGGCAUGCUUUGGGUGCAAGGGAGGUGUUUUAUUGCCCUGGAUGAUAAUAAUCAGCCCGAGCUUUAAUCCAAUUCAGAAAACGAUCUGUCGCCAAGACUCAUUAAUCUUCGCCAGCACGGAAUAAGGGGCGUGUGGCGGUACUAACCGAUGGAUGCUAAUGUCACCUCAUAUCGCUUGAGGAUGCGAUUCUUACGUGUACCUUCUUUAAUGUGUUGUUUUCUCUUCCUCCUGCAAUAACAUUGUGUGGUUAGAAGGAUGUGGUUUUUCUUAUCUGUGUGUUUUUUUAUUCCAUUCCGUUUUCCGACAGAUUCCAACGAGGCGAAGGCAGCGCACAGAAACUCAUUAGGUCCAUUACAAAGUCAAUUUAUUACUAAGAAUAACACUAGAGUAAUUAGUCAACGAGGGGGCCUAGCGGUGCUGCCCUGCAGCGUCACCAUGACAACACCAGCCACUGUGUCCUGGUUCCGGCGGAAAGACUACCAGCUGCUGACGGUCGGCCUUUCGACGUACAGUAGCGACGAUCGGUUCCUGGUCGAGCAUACGCGCCAUCUCGGCAACUGGGCGCUGCGGAUAAAGAACGCCCGAAAGGAGGACGAAGGACUGUACGAGUGCCAAAUUUCCACCCAUCCACCCCAGUCGAUAUUCAUCGAGCUUAGGAUCGUCGAGGCGGUCGCAGAAAUUAUUGAAUCACCCGAGUUGCAUAUAAACGAAGGAUCGACACUCCGGCUGGAAUGCAAACUGAAACGUGCCACCGAAAGUCCGCUUUACGUCUUUUGGUAUCACGAAGAUCGGAUGGUGAACUACGAUCAGGAGGAUGGCGUGUCCGUGUCGAACAAUAAGCUCGCCUCCAGCAUCCUGUCGGUGCGGAAUGCGACGGCCCGGCACGGUGGCAACUACACCUGCGCUCCGGCCAACGCGCGCCAAUCGAGUAUUUACGUGCACGUGCUGAAAGCCAUUCCGCUAAUAACUCGAAUAGAUGAUAGAUACGCCAAGAAAGGUGAAAAGCCAGCCGCAAUGCAUGAGAACCCGACGGCAACGUCCGGUGCCGGUGCGACACUGUCACUGACCACCGCAUAUCGGUGCGGUUGGUUACGGCCGCCGGCAGUGGGCAGCACGUGCUAUCUGACGCUGGUUAGUUUGCUUCCUGCCACGAUCAGUCUCAUCACACUGCUGACAUGCUGGUCGGUACCGUUCGGAAGGGUGCCACCCAGUGCCACCAUCCCGACGCCAUCCCGACCGAUGGGACACAAGCGACGGCACGAGCCUUACCACGUCGGGAUGCGUUCCGGCCGCACACAGCACUGUAUACUAAGCGUUCUUCUACACUCCGUUAAGACUAUCUUCAGCAAAAGUAUUAAACUGUUCGAUGUAGUUUAAAAAGGGGGAAUCAGUGGUGCCCUCCCGAGUGUUUCGUUCGGGUACUACCGUGUGGGAUUUAGGGGGCGGAAAAUGGAAGGUGAAGUACCCCUCUGAAGCCCCCCGAGCUGACAUACGUAUAAAUAUUUUGUACAGGUUUUCUAGCAUUUAAAAUGUUUAGGGUUAAUCUUUACGGGCAAUUAAGGGAUUUCCGGUGCGGUUUUUGGUUUGUAUGGCCGAGCUGCAGACAACAACAGAAAGUACAACACGACUGGACAGCACACAAACGGUGCUGAUAGUGCGGCACAGGAAGGUAAACGAGAGCUAGACGAGAUUCUGUGGAAAAGGGGAAUUGUACAUUAAGGGUCAAUGUAAAUCGGAGGCAAAUGCAUGUUUGCUAAGGCAAAUAAGACAAACCGUACCAAAACCGUACACCCGGGGUGCAUCUAACAUCAUGCAAUGUGGUAAGCAUGUUGCAAAGUUUCCAGCGUUAACCAAAUGCAGCUGAGCUUAAAUUGUUAUCCACUGUUGUAGAGUACGACUUUUGUUGAUCUAACCAAAAUGAAGACAUCUUUUAUUUUGUGUGGCCGUGUGGUUGUAUUCUCAAUUUGGUACAUCUGCAACAGCUCCAAAACCAGUAUGUGGUUAGGCAUACAAGAAACUUUUUUUGCUCAUUUCUACCAACGAUCGUUUCUAUCGGCGAUUGUUAUCUUCAUAAAAUCAAUCAUUUCAAAUCGAUCGAUUUGUAAGACAAAUAUACAUUUCUGCUAUUCUGCCAACCCUCCCCGAAUCAAUCACUGCAUUGAGAUUGUUUCACCCUAAUCUAUCUGCAAUAGUUGUCGAACUUUGGCCACAAAUUUUCCCAGCUGAGUAAAUUUUCUCCGAACCAGAACCAUUCCACCAGUUACAGCAGGCACACAGGUUGAACCCUCUCGAGUAAGAGCGUUCUACGGUAAUGGCAGAUUCAAGUCGAACGACGAAAAACUUCAUCAUCAACGUUUCAAACCGUACCCGACAAUAGCAAAUGGAUAAAAGUAUUUACGAUGAAAUAUUGAUUAAACAAACGGAAAUUCUUUCGAUUCAAUGUCUGGACGAAGUAAAUCUACCCUUCCCGAUCUUCUCAUUGGUUUGUCUGAGGGUUUUUCCCCCUCCCCCCUAUUUCUAUCGGACAGAUGGAAAAGAUUUCAUUUUACAUUUUCCUUCAGUUUACCGCAUACAAACCAGUAUUGCUGUAAUCCGUCUUCCUUUUGCUAGUUGAACCGAUCGGGCACACAACUUUCCUGUAGGAAAAACUUGUGGAUUUGCGUUUUAUGCUGCUUUCGAUUUACGCUGCUGCUACACUGUUACGAGACCUCAAGCUCAAGGAAGUAGCAUUGAUCCGUAUCAUUAUCGGGAGCAAAAGUACGCGAACUAUAGCAUACUUUUUUUCUGCGAGAUUUUUUGCCGAUACUAUCAUAAAUACAGUGGUUGUCAUAUGAUCAUGUUAACUGGAUUAUUUUAUGUUCAAAAUAUUUUUAAAAAAAUCGAGCAAUAAGUCAUGGUUUUAAAAUUUGAACAAAGUCUGUGGCGUUUUUCUUUUUUAAAGUUAUCUUUUACUGAACUUAUCUGAAUUAAAUAAUUUUAUAUCCGCAAAACAAUUCGAAUAGUAAAGCUUAACUUGUACGGCAUAUGGCAUAAUUUCAGGCGUUAUGUGUAUUGAAGUUGCUUAUAUGUAUAAAUUUGAUUAGAAAUAUAAUUUCUUAUCAACUUUCAUUGUGUUUCUUUUUUAUCCACUUGGUGAGAAGAUAAGAAAAAUAACAGUCAUAUUUUUUUAAAUUUAAUUAUAUACCAAUAAUUUACAAUCUUCCUAUUCUAGUUGUCAUUUAGAUAAGAAAUAAUCCACUAUAUUUAUUGCCCCUAGAUACGUUCAUGAUCCAAUAGAUUAAAGUGGUCAAAUAAUAUAUGAAACACUGUAAUCAAACUUAGAUUAAAAUGGAAUCGAAAAACAGGCUUCUACACUUCACCAAAGGAAAGCAAUAUAAAAGUUUAGCGUACUCGGGAAACUUCCUUCUUCUUCUUUUUUUUUGCUUCCCAUCACUUCAGAGCAAGAUUUCUCAAGGAUUAGUAGCGCUUACUACCUUCUCUGUGAACGAUAGACGAUAAAUCGCGCAAUGUUCGUGAAUCGUGCCAAUUCGUACUGCCACCGCCCGUUGUCUCUCGUUUCUUGCAGAGCAAAAAUAAUGAGCCCAACCGUUGCUCGGCGGGGCGUUCGCCACUAAUCAUGAAUAAAAUACAUUUAUCUGUUCCAUUGAAAGGAGUUCCGUGAAUGGAUCAAGUGCCCGGUUGGAAAAGUUUCCAUUUGCCCCGGGGGGGUACGAUAGCGAUCCGGCGAUGCUACUUUCUUAUAAUGCACCAGCGCUGUGUGCAUUCAUUGUGCUGCGGUACCGCUGAAUCAUUGAUGGUAUUUGCAUAAACGAUUAAAAAUGCAAAUUAUAGUUAUUUUAUCUCGAACUAUCUCGCACGGUGCCGAUUCGCGGUCGGGCUGGCAGGUGGAUCGCGCAUGAAUGAAGUUUGCAAUCGGAAAACCACCGCACCUGGCCGGCCAAUCGGGAUCAGCACGGUUACGGGUCGGUGCAUUCCAAUUGCAAACCAUAUUCGAGCACUUUAUCUUUAGUACCAUACGCCUAUCACCUGCAUCCUGAGCACUAGGUAUUAUAAUGCUAGGGGUUGAACGGGGAAAACUUUCUAAUCCACUCCAGUACUGGGAAUAUUCCCGAUGUCAUGAUGGUGCGUUUGGUUGACCGAAGGGUCGGCAGCAAGGAUAAUUGCAUACAUGGAAUGAAGCACGUUUUUUACACCUUCUUUAAGCGGGAGUUACUUGUAGAGAGACAACCAAAAAGUGUUGUUAGACAAACUGGUAUUUAAAUCUGAGUAAAA